AUGGUGAUGAGCUCUGGUUUACUUCUUCAUGCUGUUCUUACAUAUCUUUCUGGAAUCAAGUGACUUGAAGCUUAUCUACAAUGAGGAGGUGAUCAAAGUGGGCUGAUCCAGGCCAGAUCUCUGUGAAUAAUUCUCUGAACAUUUUUGGGCCAGGUGAACGUUCCGAAGACAAGGAGGACCUAUUGCAAGGCCUGCCAGAAGCACAACCUGCACAAGGUCACCCAGUACAAGAAGGGCAAGGACAGCCUUUCCGUUCAGGGCAAGCGCCGAUAUGACAGGAAGCAAUCCGGGUAUGGAGGCCAGACGAAGCCCGUCUUCCACAAGAAGGUGGACUCCCCUCCUCCCGCUCCUGUUGAAUUGAAAAAAUAAAGAAACAAAAGAUCGGAAGAACCCUAUUGGUGAUUCUUUGCUGAUCUUUAUAUUUUUCAUGUUGGGCAGGCGAAAACCACGAAGAAGAUCGUGCUGAAGCUGCAGUGUCAGGGCUGCAAGCACUACUCUCAGCACGCAAUCAAGGUCAGUUCUUUCAGGGGGGAGUGGUCUGACUGGAGUUCUUCCUAUUCUAUUUUUACUUUCCCCUCUCUGCCGCCCAUCUCUGAUGUGAAGCUCCUCUUGGUGUCUGUCUGUGUGGACUUGGGGUUUCUACAGAGGUGCAAGCAUUUCGAGAUCGGAGGAGACAAGAAGGGGAAGGGGACUUCGCUUUUCUAG